UGCCUGCUGCUGGUUUGGGACUUCCCUCUUUUAGCCCAAAGAGAAAAUUUCUGAGUGCACACGGACCUCUUGCACAAUUCUGGGCAUUUCUGGCUUCCGGAACAGAAUGGGGUGGGGAUGUAUGGGGAGAGUGAAUGGGAAGGGGGUGCUGCUGCUGAGUGGGUCUCUGUCCCCCACCCCGGCCUCAGACUCGGACAUUUGAGUGGGAGAGUCUGAAGGGCCCGGGGACCAAGCUCUCCCUUUGCCCUCCCCGACAGCAGCCAGAACAGGGAAGGGCUGACCGGGGAGCUGCUUGGGCUUUCCCCCUCCUGGAGCUGGAAGGGGGCAGGUCCAAAACGAGCCUUCCUGGAAUGUGUGAGGGGGGGGGACCUGGGGGAGAGGUUACAGCAGGCCAGGGGAGCAGCUGGCAGUCCUGGCACGGCCCCCCACCACAGAAGCAGUAGCCUCCAUGGAGCUCCCACAGUUGCCGCCAUGGAACCACUCGGAGCUGCCUUCCAAUAACACGUCUCCCUGCUUGGAGAGGGCAGACUUCCAGUACAUCCUCUUCCCUGUAGUUUAUACUUUGGUCUUCCUCCUCGGCCUGGGAGGGAAUCUCUUUGUAUUGGGCUACUUCCUCCAGACCAGGUCGGCCACUGCCCCGGCCAAUGUCUUCCUGGUGAACUUGGCCACCCUUGACCUGCUCUUUGUGCUCACCUUGCCCAUCCGCAUCGCUUACCAUGCCCGCCAUAACAACUGGACCUUUGGCGAAGCCCUCUGCAAAAUCACCGGCUGCCUCUUCUUUGCCAACCUCUAUGGCAGCUCCCUCUUCCUGGCCUGCAUCUGCCUCGAGCGCUACGUGGCGGUGGUCCAUCCGCUGAAGCACCUCCAGUUCCGGCAGCUGCGCUACCGCCUGGGGGCUGCUUUGGGGGUGUGGCUGAUCCUUAUUGCGGCCAUCCUGUUCCUGGCCCUCCGUGGGCCCCUGACCAGCUCCUUUGCUGAUGGCCGCACCGCAUGCCUGGAGAACUUCUCCUCCAGUUCCUGGAAGGGGCGCAUCUCGGGCGUCAGCAUCUUUGCUGCUGUGGUUGGCUUCCUGCUGCCUCUUCUUCUGAUCGGCAUCUGCUACCCUCUGAUCGCCUGGCGUCUCCUGACUUCCCCUGGGUUGCAGGCAAGUUCCCGAGCAGCCAAACGCAAAGCCCUGCGGACGGUGAUGGUGGUCCUUGGCGUUUUCCUGGUCUGCUUUGCACCGUAUCACAUCGUGCAGCUGGUUCACACGUUAGGCCGUGUGGGGGUCCUGGGUGACUGCACCCUCAUCCGCACCACCUAUGUGGCUCGUCGCAUCACUAUGGCACUGACCAGCCUCAAUGCCUGCCUGGACCCACUGGUUUAUUACUUUGCGGCCGAGCGAUUUGCCCGGCAAUCCGGCUGGUGGAAGUGCACCUGUUGUCAGCCAGAGAGCCCCCAGCGGCCUCUGGGGCUGCCCAGGUUGAUUGCCAGCAAGGCCUCGUCUUCUGGAGAAACCACAAUGGUUGGCACAGAGCAGUGAGCAGAGAAAUUCUGUCCCUCAACCCUACAGUCUGCCUUGUUCCCACUGCAUGAGAGGAAUGGAGACGUUUAUCAUUGCUACACAGGUGUGAACUUGGUGCUUAUACCAGGAACGGACUGGAAAUGAGCGAGCUAAGGAGACUCAAGGCAGUGGCGCUUAUCCGCCUUUCCCUGGUUCCCGGGCUGAGCUGCCCAAGGCCAUGACGGGCCACCGCUUCUCCUUUCUCUCCCUCCUACGUGAGGCUCUUCUUGUGGGGUUGCUCUGCUGAGUAUGCUGGGAAUGUAUAGGGAAAGGAUAGAUGCUGUCCAAAUUAUUUCUCUUAUUCAAAACCCUUUUAAGUGGAAAGGGCAGAAUAGAUAUAUGAGGCUUUUAAUUUUGGAACCACUUGUGGCCUCAUCUGGCAGUCCCACCCAGGCUCUUGUUUGACGGGAGGAAAAGGAAGGUCCUCGGAUGAGGCAGAAUGACUGAAUCCCAAACCCUGCCCUUACUAUUUUUUGGCUGCCUUCCAAAAUAAAUAUUUUUGUGAGAAAAUGUUUGUAAGGACAAAAAAAAAAAAAAAAAAAAAAAUCAGAAGGAAUAUUAUGAGCUGCAAUUUG